AUGGAUUAUCAAGAUAAACAACAACAGCAUCAACAUCAACAACAACAACAACAAAAAGAUGUUGUUUGGGUUACUUCAGGUUUCCGUGAGGAGUAUCUGAAGAAAAAGAUAUUGAACGACGAUGAUAGAGAGAAAUUGAGUGUGGUACCGAUGGUGGAGUCAAGAUUUUCGUUGGCCGAUGAAUUGCGUUUGGCAGAGGUCGCUGACCGUCAUCUCUUGAAGAACGACGUACAACACUAUGUCGAUGUAUUGUUGACCAUGAUGGAGAAUCGUUGGCAGCUCGUUGCAGAUACACUGUUGGGUUUCGCUACCGAGAAGCUACCGACAAAGAAACAAUAUAGGCUCGAUGCUCUGGCGUUGACCGUCUCCAACUUGACAGAGUUGCGCGAACUCCGCUUGCGGAACCAACGCAAUCCCGCCACACUCCACUCGGACCUGGUCAAAGAGUCGUACGAACAGCAACUCGAUUCGAUGGUCGAUGAAAUCUCAGCGAUAGCCGACGACAUUGAGAACGAUCGAUCGCAGACACUCUUGCAGGCAAACAAAACGCAACAAAAGAAAAAGUCGCACAUCUCACAGAUGAUGCACAGCCAGCUCGGUGCCGAGAGUGAACAGGAGUUGCGAGCACAACACCAGGAAGAGAGAGAAAUGGUAAAGGCGAAUCUAACCGAUGAGUACAACGAGUCGGUGCGCUCGAUCAUCGACGACGCCUACGAUAGUGAAGCGGAACUCCAAGACUUUGAGAUCGAAUGGAAAGACUACUGGCAGACGACAUUCAACCAGUUAUCGUCGAGACAGAACAGAGAGUUGGCAGAAUUUAGAAAGCGUGAGAAAGUUCUCUUGAAACACAAGGAGCUAGAGUUUGAGAAUAUCAAUAGGGAGUAUGAGCGAACCGUAAAUUUGGCCAACCAAAAGGCACGCGACGAUAGAAAACAAAUGGAUCGAGUCAAGAUGAAUGCAAGUUUACAGCAAGAAGAACUGGCAAACCAUUUGAAAAGAAUACCAGCGAUAUAUAGUCCACCAGCAGAGACACCUAUAGUACCAACCAUUGUCAAACCACAAACCUAUGAUAAAUCCACUCAAUCUCCAAUUGUAAUAACACCAACAACUACCAUAAAUGUAAUUUCAGUAACACCAAACACAAAUUUAAAUUCAAACACUACUACAACUACAACUACGAAUUCAAAUACAAAUACAACGCCAAUUUCAACAUCAAAUUCAACCACUACCUCAACGCCAAUUAAUAAUCCUCCAAAGAAUAUAAUAGCUAAUAACAAUAAUAAUGAAAAGAAUAACAAUAAUAAGACAAAAGUUGAAAAUAAACCAGUAACAAAAGAUAAAGAAGUAGCAAGCAAAUCAAACAAAGAUAAUAUAACAAAAGAAAAAGGUAAAGAAAUCAAAGUUGCUAAUAAUAAUAAUAAAGAUAAAGAGAAUAAUAAAAUAGAUAAUAAUAAUAACAAUAAUAAUAAUAAAGAUAAUAAGAUUAAUAGUAAACUAAAUAAUGAUAUUGUUGUAGAUAAAUCAGUUAAUAAAAAUGUAAAUCAAACAGUUGUAAAGAAUGUAGAAAAAGUAGAAACCAAAGUAGAAAACAAGAAUGAGGAAUCAACACCUGUUAAUAAUAAUAAUAUUGUUGCAAAUUCAGAUAAGAGGCUAGUAAGAAAGAUGGAGAAAUUGGUCAAUGACUUUGGAAUGUUCAGAAUCAAUGAGAAUGGGGAACCUGCAGCCGGUGAAGCUGAUAAGUACUCUCAUCUCGAUCCAAAUCAUCCACUUGCUCAACAGAGAAAGCGAAUCAUUGAAACCACCAAGAAACUAGUGGAAAUCAACCAUUCGAUGAAGGAAUUGAAUAAUGUCAAAUCAUUCAAAGGCUACAAUCCUGAACUCUUCCUAUUUGGAUCAUCUUCCAACGGACUGGCAUUCCAAUCGAGUGACCUCGAUAUCUCAUUGGUAACAUCAAAGCCACUCGACCAAACAAGAGGAACAUUCAGAAUUGCUGAUUUACUAAAAAGAAAUAACUUUAAGGAUAUUCAACCAAUUACAAGAACUAGAGUACCAAUUGUAAAAUUUAGAGAUGAAGAUAGUAAACUUUCAUGUGAUUUGUCCAUCAACAAUCCAUUGGCUAUUUACAAUUCAAAGAUGAUCUAUGACUAUUGUUCUAUUGAUAAUAGAGUCAGACCACUUGCAUUGGUAAUAAAGAAAUGGUUAUGCCAAUAUGAUUAUACACUUCUUACAGUCAGAAAGCAUUCAAAUACUACCGUCACUACAACAGUUGGCCAAUGGAGUGCCGCAUUUCAUCAAGGGAAAGAAAUUCGAUGGCAAAGUGAUGCCCGACAAAUUUGUAGAUGGCAAGAACGUCAAGUACUACAAUAG